GUUCGCAUGCUGCGCGCCAAAAAACGGAGGACAUGCUGAUGGGAAACAGUGGCCUGAUUCGUGCCACUGCGACGAUUAGAUGCAAUGGAUGCACCGCCGUUCAGGACGCCAACAGCUCCUUGUACUUUUUCUGCAGGUGGUUCAGUCCGUUGGAUACUGGGACUUUGAUGGAGAAUUGCCUAAGUGGACAACGAGUUUUCCCGACUAUGACUGUUGGAAGGACUGGGAACCAAGAGAUUCCACAGUAGAUUGGAGACAUUUGCGGCUCCAGGUGGAAGAGAGUUUUGCAGUGCCUGUGUGGCGCAAUCUGGUUGCUGAACAGCUGCAGAAAAUCGAUUUUUCGAAGGCCUAUGAAAUCCUGGUGGAUCAGCGACUGCCUCCGUGUUUCCUUGGAGUGCUGUUUGCGGCUGCAGUUCGUUUUGGCCACUGCAGUGAGGGCGAACUCUGCGAGAUGCUGGAGAUUGAAGUCCUGUCACAGGUGAUUCAGGAAACCUUCCGAAGCACACGUGUGACCAUUGAACUCAUGCUGGGGAGCCGCUGGCCGGUGCUGGCUGCGCUUGAUAGCAUCAGGCUGCCUGCCUUUUACGAUGACCCAGAGCUGAGCUGCACCGAGAUUCAGGAGCCAACCCUGGACUGGGUCGGUUUAUGGCAAGCUUUGACAUCAGAGGCUGACUGGUUUCAUGGUGCCAAGCCCCUGGUGUAUCAACGAAGCUUCCAAGCCAAUUGGAAAGCAGGAAUGGAGGAGUGUCCCUACGGUUUUGCCAUGGUGUCCCUGUGGAAACUGGUGAUCUGUGCAGAGACGCAGGCUGAAUGUGUGAACCAGUAUGCUGUCAUCAUUGACAACAUGCUGAGGGAACGUGACUGGCAAGAGAUUGCCUGCAAUUCCUGGGGAAUGUUUGGAUUUUUGCAUCGAGUCCGGGCCACUCUGAAGCGCCAUGAAUUCCGACUUGACUUCACUCCCACGGAGUUGAACGGUGCUUUACCUGCUCUGGAUGAAGCACUUCUGGACAGUCUUCUCAGGAUUGUCCAGUUCGUGCUUCAGGGUGCAAGGCAGGAGACCAGAGCAGAGAUUGAGGCCACUUUUGUCGGCGGCCCGAGACGUUUCCUCCAGAACGCAGCCAAGCUCACAGGAUCUUCUCAGACAGGCGAGGAGAGGAUUAAAAGGGCGUGGAAAGCAGGCCAGUGGGCCCAGGCUGUGGUUGCUGGCCGUGUGCGUUCUCCAAACAGGACGCCCCAGCUGGAUUUGCGGCCAAGAUUCUACAUUUCAGCCCCGACCCUUUGCCUGUCUGCUGGGACCUACUGGGAGAUCGUUGGAGAUCUCACUACAUCCAGCAGCAUCACACAUGGCUUCCCAUCGGAGCUGGAGUCCCGAGUUCCAAUCAAGACCAUGAACAUGGACAGCCUAGACACAGGUCUGACCCUGGACAGCUUGGUGUUUGCUAUAGAUGCCAUCCAGCCCUACGUGCUGGGCUGGCCGCUUGGUGAGGAGUUGGACGGGGAGGCAGAGGCCACAGUCUUGCCAAUCAUGGGAGGUCUUCUUUUAGCUUUGCCUUCAGUUUUCCUUCCUCAAGCUGUCAUAGAUCAUGGAAACUCUGGAGAAGACGGGAUUUUUGGACCGUCAGUUUUGGUCAACGCACCAGCUGUCAUCUUCGAAGGAGGUAUAGUUUCACCGACAGGUACAACAGUGGAUGCUAUGAUCAUCGAUUGCACAGUAGAUGUCCUGCUCCAAAUGAGAGAGUUUCAACAGCACGAGGACCUCGUCUACAACUUCGACGAGGAUUCCCCGUAUGCCUUUCCAGCCAUCGAUGCGCUUUUGCCAAAGAUCCAUGCAUGGGCAGCAAGCUCACUCGAGUCACGAGCAGGCUACUACACGCCCGAAGAGCUCGAGGAGGAGGAGUCUCCCCCUCGCGUUCCCAAGCUGCCAAGAAGAAAAGCUGCCGCAAAGGCUACGCCUACAGGAGGUGGACCAAAGCCCAAGCGACCAACGGCGUCACUGGCAUCAGACAUGCAGGGCCUUUUGUCGACCCUUCCCAAGAUCACCGAGCAGUUGUCACAGAUCUCAGAGAGGCAAGCGGCGUUGGAGAGCCGCAUCCCCCUGCCUGGGAAGGCACCUGCCAUAGGAUUGGGUCAGUCACUUGCAAGCAACUUGAACGCUCCACCACCACCAGUCUCGGAGCUGAUGCGCACUCUCAGACCCCCUCCAACCCAAUCUCAAACACUCAAACCGCUUUGA